AGUAUUUACACUUCGAUGCUUGUGCGCCCGUAUUCGUGUCUUUUCAUAUGAAUAUAGUUGUAUCAUUGAUUUGUGUCACUGUGUUGAUUAGAUCUUUUGUCGGUAAAAAGUUCAUUACACCGGUUUAUGUUUCGUCUUAUUUUAUCCGUUAUUUUUUCAUAAUAUUCAAUGAUUAUUCGUGUUCAUGCGUAAUAAAAACGAACAACGGAAUCGUUGCCGGUUUGUAAAAAGAACGUGGCGUCUCAAUUGUCAAGUUUUGUAAUCGAGUUUAUUAACGUACGAGUCGGUAUCGCUCGUCAUCCAUAAAACAAGAACGAUCAUCUCUUUACACAAACAUGAAUCGUACAGUAACCGUCGCCGUUUGUACCCUCAAUCAAUGGGCUAUGGACUUUGAUGGAAAUUACAAAAGGAUACUGCAGAGUAUUCAAGAAGCGAAAGCAGCUGGUGCCACUUUCCGCAGCGGACCAGAACUUGAAAUUUGUGGUUACACUUGCGAGGAUCAUUUUCACGAAAGUGACACGAUUCUUCACAGUUGGGAAGUCCUGGCAGCUUUGUUGCGAAGUUCGAUAUGCGAGGAUAUUCUGAUCGACGUCGGAAUGCCAGUUAUGCACAAAAAUGUUGUUUACAAUUGUCGGGUCGUGUUUUUGAAUCGACGGAUAUUGUUGAUAAGGCCAAAACUACAAAUGUGCGAUACAGGACCGUACCGAGAAAGUCGCUGGUUCUCCGCUUGGGUCAAAGAACGCACGGUCGAAGAUCAUUUUUUGCCAAGGAUCAUAGGCCAGAUAACCGGACAGACGAUCGUUCCGUUUGGCGAUGCUGUUAUUUCGACGCGAGACACGUGCCUUGGAUUCGAGAUGUGCGAAGAACUUUGGUCCGGCUCAAAUACUCACGUACCUUUAUCCCUCGAUGGUGUAGAAAUAAUUUCUAACGCAAGUGGUUCUAUAUUUUCAUUACGGAAGGCUUAUAGAAUCGUCGAUCUAGUGAAAUCAGCGACUUUUCGAUGCGGAGGUUGUUACAUGUACAGUAAUUUUCGUGGGUGCGACGGCGGCAUGGUAUUUUUCAACGGAUCAUCGUGUGUCUCGGUAAACGGAAGGAUCAUAAGUCGUGGGAAACAGUUUUCCCUUGAGGAAGUGGAGGUUACGACAGCGACUUUUGAUCUGGAGGAAAUCAGAUGUGCAAGAAACUUGAUAAAAUCUCGAUGUACGAUAGCCGCCAAAGCGCAGCCUUAUCCAAGAGUAAAAGUUGAUUUUGCUCUCACCUCAGAUGUUCUGAGUGCCCCGGAUCAACCAAUCGACUGCGAUUAUGCCGUUGAUCCAGAUUGCUGUUCAUCGUUGACCAGUUCUUUGUAUCACACCGCUGAAGAAGAAAUGGCAAUGGCACCUGCCUGUUGGCUUUGGGAUUAUCUUAGACGUUCGUGCCAAGGUGGUUUCUUUCUACCUCUCAGCGGUGGCGUGGAUUCUUCUUCGACCGCUUGCAUGGUUUAUUCCAUGUGUACAAUCGUCGUAGACGCGGUGAAGGCUGGAGAUGCUCAAGCGUUGAUGGACGUUCAAAAGAUCGUUGGAAAUCCCGAGUACGUACCAAACGAUCCCAAAGAACUGUGCAAUACUCUCCUCGUCACAUGUUACAUGGCUACCGAAAAUUCUUCUUCAGAGACUAAAUCGAGAGCUGCGGAAUUCGCGAGCCAGAUCGGCUCGUAUCAUCUCAGCAUUGUCAUCGAUACUGCAAUCUCAGCGAUUCUUGGAAUUUUCAAACAAAUCUCGUCUAUGGCCCCAAGAUUCAAAGCCCACGGUGGAUCACCACGCGAAAAUUUAGCUUUGCAGAAUGUUCAGGCUCGUCUUCGAAUGGUCAUCUCGUAUCUUUUCGCUCAAUUGCUGCUAUGGGUUCGAGGUCGUCCCGGAGGACUUCUCGUUCUGGGUAGCAGCAACGUAGAUGAGGCGUUAAGAGGUUAUUUUACGAAAUACGACUGUAGCAGUGCCGACGUAAACCCAAUCGGUGGUAUAGCGAAGGAUGAUCUAAAGAAAUUCCUCAAUUACUUCAGCGUCAAACACGGUAUAACUUCAUUAAAAAAGAUUCUCGAAGCACCUCCAACCGCUGAGCUCGAGCCGCUGCAGGGUGGACAAUUGGCUCAGCUCGACGAAGUCGACAUGGGGAUGACUUACAAAGAACUCGGAGUUUACGGCAAAUUGAGGAAGAUUCAGUGCGCCGGACCUUACUCCAUGUUUUGCAAACUCGUCAGUACUUGGGAUUGUACACCUCAGGAAGUAGCUGAUAAGGUGAAACACUUUUAUCGUUGUUACGCGAUAAAUCGUCACAAAAUGACAGUUGCGACACCAUCUUGCUACAUGGAAAAUUACACUCCGGAAGACAAGAGGCACGAUCAUCGUCCGUUCCUCUACAAUCACACGUGGAAAUGGCAAUUCAACGCAAUCGAUGAAAGCCUGAAACGUCUGGCCGAUGGAAAAUUGUCUUCACCAAAUCGGAAGAAAGCACCGGAAGUUCCAUUGAAACCAAAAUUCGGUCGACAGAUGCCAUUUAGUUCUGUUAUCAGUAAUAAAACCCAUCCGGGCGUAGUUGUUUAGCCGAUUACAUUUAAUUAACAAGAUCUGUCAAGUGAACAAUAUAUUCCGUAAGUUCCAACCACACACCUACUGUUUUCCUCGUUUUUGGCGUGCGAUCGACCGUUUCCGAUAGCAUUGACAGAAGUUUGUUUCCGUCGUAUUUUAUAAUUGUACGCAACGGUCGAAUAAACACUACAUAAAGUGCCUUUAAAACUCA